AAAGAAAUUUGCUCCAUUUUCAAUUAAAGAAUUUGAAAUUUUAAAUCGUGGACCCAAUGACCCAAUGUAUCGUGGAAUUGGUAACCUUAUCUCUGAUUUAAACGAAUGCACCCAUCUUGCGAACGGAGAAUCGAAGUCUGAGGCAUUCGCUAAACACUUCAAAGAUAUAUACGUAUCAAAAGAGGGCUACGAAACAAGACCAGUCAACACUUCAGGGUCAUCACAAAUUCAAACGCCACCGGUACAGCCGCAGAGCGCUGAAUCUGAUAUAAAUAAUCCAAUUGCUUCAAAUGAUGUCAGUUCAGCAACUUUCAACACUGUGUCAAAUGAUAUUCCUGAUACAUUUGUGACACCAUAUCAUUUUACUAGCCCCAGCUUUUCACCGUCAAUAUCAUUUCAAUCAACACCGUCACCCUCACAGUUACAGUGCGUUCAAUUUCAGAAUAGCUUCACCAGGUCACCUGACAUCACAUCAGCUCCUCCCAACACAGUACCAAACGACAAUACCUACGCCACUGGAAAUUCUUCUAAUAUAUCGACUUUACCCAGCCCUAACUUCUCACCGUCAAUACCAUUUCGACCAUCACCGUCACCCGUACAGUCGCAGAGAUUUGAAAAUAUUUUAAUCGGUUCAUCAAACUUCCAGUCUACAACUCCCAACAAAGUACCAAAUGACCUUUCUGCGUCUAAAUUGGCACAAGAUGAAACUCGAUCAGAAUUAAAUACGCCAUUACCAGAAUCAUAUAAUGACGGCAUGACUGGAUGUUCUUCUAUUCUACCGACUAUGGAACCAACUCGUUUGACUAAUUUCAACUCUUUUAACGUGACACAAGUAGAGUAUAGUCGAUCAGUCUGCGAUCCGCCGGUACCACAGCCCGAUUAUCAUAAUUAUGAUAACAUAGAUUCGAAUACGAUACCAAUUGAGCUAGAUUAUGUGAAUAAUUAUGAUAAUGGUGGAGAUGUUUCCAUGGCCAAUGCAAAUGCGAACGAUUUAAUGUUUUAAUGGCAUCGAUUUCCGAUAGUAAUAAUUAUGCAAUUUUUUAAAAGAUUGAAUCUUCUCAAUGGGCGGAAAAUUUGAAAUUUAUUAAUACAGCCGCUUUAAAAGAAUACCCGUGUGUAAAAUUAUUGAUUGACUAGUUAGUUAGCUAGAUGUUAUUGACUUUAAUCAUUUGGAAUUGAAGUAAUUUUAAGUAGAUUUGUUUGAUUUUUCGGUCGAUUUCAGUAGAGGAAAAUAUAACGCAAAUCAACUUCAAUCACAGAUGUAGCGUCGAUUUAAAAUCAGAUAAAUAGACGGCUAUCAAGUGGUUGAACGGCUAGAGUAAACAAAAUUUAUUUUCAGUUGAUUUCAGAUAGACAAUAAGUCGCUUCUGCACACCUUUCCCUUACUAGGCAUGCAGAAAAGUAAUACUAUUAAGCAAAUUGUUUUCAAAAAUCAAAUAAAUAAGUGAAAAGUAGUGCAGUU